AGAAUUUGGAAAAGUUGCUGGUUCCAUAGUGUCCUUCACCUUUGUCGCCGGACAGGAUGCCGGGGAGCGAGCCAGUAGUUGGCCUCUCAUGGCAACCUAAGUUGCCUAUUCCAUCAUCUUCUUCUUCUUCUUCGACAGCAACAAAUGUCUCUCAGAACAAAUCUCAACCGGACGCAACUAGUAGCGCUAUCUGGAAACCCAACUCCGAGCUUGUGGAUGGCCUUCUCGUUCCGCCCAGCGACCCCAAAAAAUUGAAUAAGUUACUCAGAAAGCAAGUUAAAGAUACAGCCGGCAAAAAUUGGUUCGACUUGCCUGCUCAAAUCAUGACCCCCGAGUUGGAGAAAGAUCUGAAGCUAUUGAAGUUGAGGGGUGCCAUUGAUCCCAAACGGCACUACAAGAAGGGUGAUUCAAAAUCAAAAACGUUACCCAAAUAUUUCCAGGUGGGAACAGUUGUGGAGUCUUCAGAAGACUUCUUCUCAGCAAGAUUGACAAAGAAGGAGAGAAAAGCAACACUUGCAGAUGAGCUGCUUUCGGAUCCUGCUUUUUCAACCUACAGGAAGCGGAAGGUCCGAGAGAUUGAAGAGAAAAACCAACCAGGUGGAAACAACAAGUGGAAGAUAAAAGGUCAGAAUUCACGGAUUAGUGCCAAGGAAAGAAGGGCCAAGAUAAGUAGGGUUUAAUGAAUCUCUUCCUUGGUGAAACUAAACACUGUUUCAAUGGCAACGCCAUGCAGUUGUUGUCACGAAGCAACACAAAAGUAUCUUCUCUCUUGAGAUUUUGCCCCCCCUACCCCGGGGGAUGACUAUGAAGUCAGGAUAGGGAAAGGAACAGCAUUCCUUCUUUUAGGUAGGUGCAAUAGUAUUUUUUUUCCCCCUGGAGGUAGAUGCAAUAGUUACUGCUCUAAAAAAUAUCAUAACUUGUCUGGCAUAUCGAAUUUUUCUAAACUAGGCCUGUGAUGGCUGCAGUUUCAUUGCUUUUUUGUGUUGUUUAAUGUUUUCUCAAUACCAUUGCUGUAUUUUAUUGUAGAACGUGGAGAAGGGUUGGGUAUUCCCUUGUCAUUCCUUGCCCCCACUGACAUCAACGUGUUUAUGAUAUGAUUACAUUAUUUUAACACAAGUAGCUUAUUCGGUUUUGUUUA